GAGCGCUUGUCCGUGCAGUAAGUUUACGCCGGUGCAGCGUAACUUUUGCUAAUAUUAAAACAUCUGCAAGCACUACAGGCGUUAUUGACCUACCUCACCAUGUCGGACCUUUUGGUAUCAAGACCGCGUCUGGACGAAAGAGCGGUGACACAGCAUGAAAAACUGCGUUUACAUGCUGACCCAGAAGCCACGCUGAGGAGCAAUUUCUUAACAUCGUCCGGAUUGGCCUCUGUGGGAUAUAGAUCGGCCAAAUACACACCGGCAGAAUGGGUGGCCAACAACGACUUAACUUUGCACCAGGCUGUGUCAGAUGUGAAACAUGCAGAGAAAUUCCGCCACGAGUCCAAGGCACUUUACACCGAGACUGAGGUCAGAACUUUGCGCACACAGGCCGAGGGCACGAAGCACUUGGGCGAUAGGUUACAGGACAUCCACUUUUGGAGAUCCGAGCUGGAACGGCACAUAGAAAAGCUUGAAGCAGAGACCGACUUGGUUUUGGCUGAGAAGCUACGUUUGGAAAAGGCUUUGGAUGCCACGGAGAUUCCUUUUGCCAUCGCCACAGAUAAUUUGUCAUGUCGGGAAAAACGACUUGGGCCGGAUCUGGUGAAAGAUCUUGUGGAGGAAGAGCUCGUUAGGGAAAUGGAGUUGAUCAGAAGCAUCCAGGCACUGCACAAAAGAACUCUGGAACAGACUGUGGCGCAGAUAAACUCCAAUAGGGAUGCCAAGAGAACACUGGAGAUGGACUGGUCUGACAAGCAGCGGGCCUACAGCCUGGAUAACCAGUGCGGCCACUACAACAACUCCAGCAUUGAGACGCAACACCAGCCCGGCUCGGCCAAGAUCCAGGACCACGUGACCAACUGCGGGCAGUGGAUGGACUUCACGCGGGCCAACCUGGCGGUGGCGGAGCGGGAGAUGCGUGCGAGCGUGGAGCUGCGUCAGCUGAUCGGGCGCGUGCUGCUGGACACCUCGGAGGACCUGCGCGCCCAGUGCUCCACCGUGGACCAGGCUUUCAAGCAGCGCUGCCAGGAGCUGACCGAGGCCAAGAUCCAGCUGGAGAUACACCUGUCUGAGGUGUUGCAGCAGAUCGGGGCCCAGGAGAGGAACAUCGUGUCCCUGCAGCAGGCCCUGCAUGACAAGGAGGCCCCCAUGAGGGUGGCACAGUCACGCCUGCACACGCGCACACACCGGCCCAACGUGGAGCUGUGCAGAGACGCACCACAACUCAGCCUGGUGGAGGAGGUAGGGGAGAUCAACCAGACCAUGUCCUCGCUGGCUGCUCAGCUGAGCGGGGCGCGGGCGUCUCUGGGCUCCCUGGAGGAGAGCCGCAUGCUGCUGGAGAAGGCCCUGGCCUGCAAGACCAACAGCCUGCUCAUCGACCGCCAGAAGUGCAUGAGCCACCGCAUGCGCUACCCGGACCUCGUCACCCUCUCGGGCUACUGAGGCCUACUGAGACGCCAUGGCCGUCACACACACACACACACACACACACAAACACAUACGCACACACACAC